GACUUGUGGGAUGUAACGCGGCUCCGGCAAACAAGGGAGGACUACAAGUACUGUAGGAAUGAAAACUGUACGGACAUUGGCCACGGGCUCGCCAAGCGGUGGCGUUAGCGAGUGCUCCCUUCGGUUUUUCGCGCCAUAGAGCUGCAGAGCGGGAACGUUCCUCAGCCCGCAGACAUCCAAUCCCUGCUUAGCGUCGUGGGAUUUUGAACGCCUCCCCAGUCCUUUUCUUUUGGCCCAGUUCCGGUACUAGAAGGGAGCCUGGCUGGAGAUGAAAGUGCCAGAAGAAGCAGAAUAUUGUGAGGUUUCACUCAAUUUCCUGGAUUGCAGUGUUGUGUUUGGAAGGGAUUUUUCAAGUAACAGAAGACUAGCUGAACAAGAAGACCUCUGGACUUUCUUAGGAAGCUGCCAGUGCCAUUGCUGGAGGCCAAAGCAAGAAAACAAUCUGAUGGAGUCAGAGUUUCUGUGAGAGAGGUUUACCAUGGCAGGCUAGCCUUUCAGGUCACGGUUUCUGCCUGGAAAGGUUUACCUGUUGUUGGCAAGGCUUGCUGGCAGCCAGCCUUUCGCUCCGCUGGUGAAGCUACUCCUCUCAACAUGGCCCUCAAGGAGCAUGGGCUACACCUCUUCCGCAGUGCUGUGGGCACUGUCCUUCCAGGUCCCAUGCUGAAGAAGGUCCUGGUUCUUGAGACAGGCAGACGCCCCAGGCUUGUGGUUCAUGGCCGGUCUUUUGAACUGAGGAAGAACUUGUAUCUGGUUGGUUUUGGGAAGGCUGUUCUGGGCAUGGCAGCAGUGGCAGAAAGCAUCCUCGGAGACCAUCUUGUUAGAGGAAUAAUAAGUGUUCCACAAGGCAUUCAGGCAACUCUGCGGCUCAAAGGAAUGAGGGAGAUGUUGCUGAAACCCCAGAGUUGCAUCCAAGUCGUAGAAGGAGCUCAGCACAACCUUCCUGACAGAGAAUCUCUGAAGGCAGCCAGUGCCAUUCGGGAAUUGGCAGAGGGCCUGACAGCAGAGGACCUUCUUCUAGUGCUGAUCUCGGGAGGGGGAUCUGCACUUUUGCCUGCACCUGUCCAACCAGUCACCCUUGAAGAAAAGGAGACUGUUACCAAGCUCCUUGCUUCCAAGGGAGCCACCAUUCAAGAGCUUAACACCAUUCGGAAAGCACUGUCUUUGUUAAAAGGUGGGGGGCUGGCACGGGCUGCCUUUCCAGCACAGGUUUUGAGCCUCAUCCUCUCCGAUAUCGCUGGGGAUCCUGUGGACCUUAUAGCCAGCGGACCCACUGUUGCUAGUCCUCGCAGUAUCCAGGAUUGCUUUCAGAUCCUCGCCAAAUACAAUCUGACUAGCAUCGUUCCAGAGUCGGUGCGAACAGUACUCUCCAGUCCGGGCCCAGAGCAUGACCCUCCUAGAGACUUUGCCCACGUCCACAACAUCAUCAUUGGCUCUAACAGACUCGCUUUAGAGGAGGCCAAACGCCAAGCAGAGAAUCUGGGCUACCUGACUGUGGUUCUGAGCGAUGCAGUGUGCGGGGAGGUCAGCACUGUUGCCUGCCUCUACAGCCUUUUCAUUCAGCUUGUUUGCUUGAGAGGUACUGGAAACAGCCGUUUAAAGGGCAAGGUGGGAGAAGCUCUCUCAACUCUUGCAGCAGAGUUGGAGAUUCCAGGCUUGGAUCUCAUGGACAUUUUAAAUCUUUUGCAAGGAUCCCAAGCAGAAAGGCCUGUUUGCUUCCUGGCAGGUGGGGAGACCACAGUGCAGCUUCAAGGAACUGGGAAAGGUGGGAGGAACCAAGAACUGGCUCUGCGAGUGGCCUUAGAACUGCAUAGGGCAAAGGCAUCUGGGGAUGGUGCCUCCCUUGAGAAAUACGAAGCUGUGUUCUUGAGUGGAGGCACCGAUGGGCAGGAUGGGCCAACAGAGGCAGCUGGAGCCUUCUCUAGCCAGGAGCUGGUGGGCAUGGCUGAGCAGGAAGGUUUCAACGUGGAGGCUUUUUUGACCAACAAUGAUUCAUACACCUUCUUCACCAGAUUCCAAAGUGGGUGUCACCUUCUGAUGACAGGCCUGACAGGCACAAAUGUCAUGGAUAUCCAUGCUGUCUUAAUCAGAGUCAGAGGUGCUAAGUGAUGGCACCAGAAAGCUGAGAAGGAGGAACAUCAACGUUAAAGGCAAAUCCAGACUGCACACAGUGGGGAAUACUGCCCUCUAGACUGUUAAUACCAAGGACAUAAAGGAACACUUCUUAAUUAGUAGACACUCUAUUUUCAUUAAUUCGGUUGAGACAAAAGAUAACCCUAGCAAUAGCACCCUGGAUGGCCUGCAACUAGUACCAGAAUGCAUGUUGCAGUAACAGAAAUGUCUGUAAUUUCAAGCACAUCAUGACAUGUUAGCCUGGUAAAAAUGGUAUCUUAUUCUAACACUGAAGGGCUGUAGCACUUCAGAGAUUAACGGGUUCAUUGUGAUGUCUGCUUUUGUAGACUUCAGCAGAUGUGUGAAUUCAGAGCUCACCUGAAUGCCUCGAUAGCUGCAGGGCUUCAGGGUCUUACUGCCACACAUCAAGCAGGUGUGCCUUUGCUUUGACUCCUCAUAUCCAUCUAAGAUUUGGCUUGCUGUUACUCUGUAUAUCCAUAAAGGCAACAAAGGCAUGCUGGUCAUACAACCAAAAGAGCUUUCCAUUGAGGCAUUCACUUCUCUGCUCCUGUCCAGUUAGGGGUAUACUGGAAAUGUUUUGUGAUUAAUGUAGUCAGAAGCAUUCAAACUUCUUUUCACAUAUGUUUGUCAAACAAGCAAAUUAGGAUGAUUGCAAUGAUAAAUGCUCAUCUUUUAAUCAUGCAGUGCACAAUCCAAAGGGAGUUAGAUUUCUUCCUGCCCCAAGAAAGAAUCUGAAACUCUAAAAUCCAGUUGCUUAAAAAAAUUAAUUAAAUCAAAGUCACCGGUUUACCAUACCUAUAUUACCUUAUUGCCUGUGUGAAAGCAUAGAGGAAAAUAUAUAAGCUUAUUCUUUGAUUUUGAUAUUUUUGAAUAUAGUAUGGCCAUGGUGCCAUAUCAUAAUGUAACCUUUUGAAUACAGUGUGACCAUAGUGCCAUAUUGUAAUAUAAUUCUUUCAGUGAAA